AUGUCUUCUCCUUCUACCACUAGUGCUGAUGUGGAAAAAACCGCUCAAAUAUACGAAAUUAACUCUGAUGAAAAUACUGGAUAUGAUCUUACCCAAGAACAUUAUGAUUACCUCAUGGAACGACAUGGCACUAUCGAAUUAGACCCAUUACCUUCUGCUGAUCCAAACGAUCCCCUUAAUUGGCCAGAAUGGAAAAAGAAUUAUCAAAUAUUUUUGGUUGCACUCGGUACUUUUUCAGCCACCUUUAUGGCAGCUGGCUUGACUCCUGCUUUUGAAGCUAUGUCCAUAGAAUAUAGUGUCCCACUUGCAAGUGUUAGUUAUCUUGUUGCUUCUCAGAUUGCCGCUUUUGGUGUCUUACCUUUAUUCUGGGUCCCAUUGAUGAAUACUUAUGGAAGAAAAUUCUUUGUGACGUUGGGUGCAUUUGCUUGUUGUGUCUUAAACAUUGGUGGUGCUUUCUGUACUUCAUAUGAAUUGCAAAUGCUUACUAGAAUACUUGUUGGUAUUUUUAUAUCAACAGUUAUGGCUUCUGGUGGUGCUUUUGUGGCAGAUUUAUCAUUUGCUAGUGAAAGAGGUAAAAAGAAUGGUUGGUGGUCUGUAGCUUUGAUUAUUGGUACUCCAGGUGGUCCAUUUGUAACUGGUUUUAUUCAGCAAUACGCAGGUACUAAAUGGGUUUACUUCACUUUUGCGAUCCUUAACUUUGUGCAAUUAAUCUUAUGGGUUUUCUCCGCUGAAACUGUCUUCACUAGAUCUAAUCCAGAAUACAAGUCAGAAGGAAUGUAUAAAGCUUUGGGAAUUAGAGUCUCUGAAGCAAGACCAUUCUCUUGGAAAAUGUUUGUUAGACCAUUCAAGCAAGCAACUAACUUCAAUGUAACAUUAGCAACUAUUGCUGCUUCAAUUACCUUCUGUUACGCCAAUAUUGUAAUUGUCGUUGAAAUGCCACAAGUUAUGAUUCCAUUAUUCCAGCUCAGUCCCCAAGAUUUGGCUUUACAAUAUAUUUCGAUCAUCAUCGGCUCCAUCAUUGGUGAAGUUCUUGGCGGGCCCCUUUCUGAUUGGUGGAUGAAGAGAUGUAUAGCCAAGAGAGGUGGAAAGAGAGUUAUCGCUGACAGAUUAUGCGUCUGUUAUAACGGUUACGUCUGGGUGAUCGUAGGUUUGAUUGUUUGGGGUGUUACCUUGUAUACAGCAGAGGUGGGAAAUUGGACCAUUAAACCAUUAAUUGGAUGUGCUAUUACUGCAGCAGGGAACAAUAUUGUUGCUACUGUGAUUACCACGUUUGCUAUUGAUAGUUCUCCAACUAAGGCUGCAGAUGUUGCAUUAUACCUUAAUUGUGUUAGAUCUCUUUUUGGUUUCCUUGGGCCCUUAUACUUCCAUGUCAUGUUUGAUACCCUCAACUUUGUCGGUUCUGCAGGAUUAAUGUGUGGUCUCGUUUUUGUAUUCGCUUUUGGACCAACUGCCGUUGCUCAUAUUAUGGGGACAAGAAAGGCUAAGUAG